AUGGAGCCUGAAGCCAGAAGAGGAGAGAGGCCCACCUAUAGAAAGCCAUAUCCGGCUUAUAUCGAUCAGAUACCUCUAUCACUAGGCUUCAAGGUGCCAAACUUCACCUUGUUCAACAGAGAGGAUCCCCAUGCUUCAUCAGUUGAGCACAUAGGCAGGAUUCAGCCAGAAGUCACCAUCAGUGAUCUUGCUGCCCUCAAGCAGGGUGAAGAUGAACCUGCUCAAGACUUCAUAACUAGAUUCAGGAAGCUCAAAAUGAAGUGCCAGAUCCCUAUGAAAGAAAGACACUUCAUUCAAAUGGCUCAAGCCGCCCUCAAAAUAUCUCUGAGAAAAAGAUUUGAUGGGAUGCUGUUUGGAGAUCUAGCAGAACUGGCAGAUAAAGCAUCCAAAUACGAGGAGCUGCUUAGGGAAGAACAACAGAAGAUGAACUCAUCCAAAGGCACGUAUUACAAAUCCUCUUUUUCUUCAAUACAUCUGGUUGAGGUAGAAUAA